GAUUCCAGUCUUUGUGCUGAGGUUCUGGGGUGACACUGAAGAAAUUAGGGAGUGGGAGUGUGUCGGGGUUGGCUGUUACUUGUCUGUGCCCCAACAUGGGAAAAGGUGGUUCUGGGCAGGCCGCGCUUUCGAAGAAGGAGUCUGGACUCUUGCUUUUCGGUCUUCAGUUGAGUUUAUUGUUCCUUAUCUACAGAGUUUUUCUGUCUGUCCAGCCAAGGUCUGAUCAGCAGGACAGCCAAGGGCACUCUCUCCCGCCCACGGGGCAGUUGUCUCUUUUAUAGUGAAAAUUACGUAUUAGAUAUUUACCUUCUAUUUCCAAUACUUUUCGCCCUUGUUGGCAAGUGCACCUUCACCAUGAACCAAUCCACACAUGCCGACAUCAUCCUGAACAUGGAUGCCAAGGAGAAGAAAGAAGAAGGACAGGGCAUGCCCAAAUCCCUCCAUCUUAGAACUCCUGACCCCCAUGUACAGGAUUCCAAACCCCCCUGUACAAGGUUCAAAACCCCCCUGUACAGUGCUCCAAAGUUUUUCCCUUCACCCUCUGAUUGCUACUACUAUACGACUUAAACUUUUGUGGCCUGUAAUUCUUUAUAUAAGGUUGGCGAUUUCCUCCAUGAAUUAAGAUCGAAUUUCCAGGUGUCUUUGGCUUCCUGCCAGGGUCUCCGAGCCCCUGCCAGGGCUUUGAGACAUCCAGGGCAUCCAGAGAGGUGUCCUGGGUUCCAACAGGAGUGGAGUCUGGGGACAGGCCGAGUAGUGCAGGGGGGUUCAGGGAGUGACCCCAGGAUUUGGGUUGGAGUCGUAUGGGGGCUGAGGGACUUGUAGUCAUGGGAGUAGGGUUGGGUUUCUGGAGCUCCAGGAGAACACAGUACUGUGGGAUUUGGAUUGGUGUACCUGGGGGCUGGGGGACAUUGGGGAGGCAUAAGCAACCCCAGGAUUCAGGAUCAGGGACCCCAAACAUGCCCAGGGGUCUGCUAGCCAGGAGUGCCUCCCUUCCCCCUGGGCUGACCACACUCCCCUGCCCAGUCCCUCACUGAGGAACUCUCCUCUGUGUCUCCUCUGUGUCUCCUCCGUGUCCCCUCUGUGUCCCCCAGUGUCUCCUGCGUGACCCCUCAGUGUCUCCAGUGUCCUACUCUGGUCUCUGUGGCCUCUCCUCUCCAUGGCCCCCCUGGCUCAGACCCUGGCACUGCUAGUAAUGAUCAUGUCUACUGCGGCCAUCGAGGUGAUCCCCCUGGACAUGGCCCAAGACUCCUUCGAUGACCAGUACCAGGGCUGUGGCCCUGCCAUGACAGCAGUAUUACUGGCCCUCCACUGUUGCGAGUUCCAGCAGAACAAGAAGUUUGCUGAGGUUUGGGAAAAGGCCAUGGCUAAGUGGCAGAGUCAGGGGUCCCCUACGUCCCCUCUGUCCCCAGAACAGCCCACUGCCAUCAUGGCCUUCACAACAGAUGGCCUGUCCGAUAUGUUCAAUAAUGCUAUGCGUGUGGCCGGGCGCUCCCGCCAGGAAUACUGGGACAAUUUCCACUUCAAAACGCUGCAUUUCCUGCUGACCGACGCCCUGGCGACGCUGAGGGAUGCUCAGAAAGGGCAGUGUCUCGAUGUGUUCAUGUGGGCGUGUGGGGUCCAACUCGACACGCAGCAUGGUGACAUCGUCCGGUUCGGUCAAUUCAUGUCAUUGUUCCUGAGCAAACCACCUGGCAAGUGCUCCAAUCUCACGUUAGUCGAGCUGCGCACAUGCCAUGGUGUGGAAAUCCAGUUUUUUACCGAACAUCCGGGACAGCCAGUGGUGCUGAUCCCACCGUUUGAGACCUUCAAGGUCAUCCAAGUCACGCCGGAACAGGACAAGACACAGAUGUCAGAUUCAAGGGGGAUGUGGGGUAAUUGGUUUGGGACUGCUGCACCUUCCCAGUCCCUCAGCCCGUGGGGAAGAGGAGAGGGCACCAUGCUGCCGGGGGUUUGGGAUAAAAGGAGGCUGUGCCCUCUGAUACCUCAAGAGAGAAACCCCACGGGGAUAUGGCUGUGGAAAGUCUGUCUCUUUAUUGAAAUCAAGUUUCAAGACUGCUUUGUGGACACUUGGCUUUUCAUAGUGUGGCUUUUCCUCACAUGCUGAAGGUGCUGGGUAGAGCUCGAAGUCUGACAGGCAAAAAUGAUAAAAGGAUGUAAAAGAAUUUACACAGGGCAAUAAACAUGGCUUGAAGCAGUGGAGAAAGAGAUGGAGGGAAGGGUUUUUUUGUCAAGUUCUGUACCACAGAAGGAGCAGCGCCUUGCGAAAGUGAAAGUUUGAGGUGAGGUCAUGUGGGAUAUUGGGACACUCAUUGAAAUGGCUUCCUGAUUACUGUUCAGGAAUUCUCCAGGACAAUAAGAGGAUUUCCAGAGAGAGGCAGGG